AUGAUCUUUCCUAAAGUCAAUAAUCUAUCAAACAGCGUAGUUAAUAAUCCUUCUACUGGAGUUCAUCCUUUUUUUAAACUUAUUGAGAGAUAUUCCAUAACUUCACAAAGUGAAAAUUCUUUCAAUUUGAACGUUCACCAAAGAUCACUCGGGGCGGCGGGUCUCGAAAUUUGUGGAGCUGGCGGAAGUGUCCCUCAAGGACAACCGAGCAGCGCAGGUUCCGUCGGUUCGGCACCCAGUCCAGCGUCGCCAAGGCCAACCCCUCAACCACGACCACCCGUUGCGUCCACCACUUCGCAACCCUCGAGAACGUUAGACGACGACAGAUCGACGGACGCCGUAGGUACCGGCACUGCAGCGGAGGACUCAGACGAUGGCGAGAGCAUAGCGCAGUACGUCAGCACAAAUUGCGUGGUCUUCACUCAUUACCGAGGGGAUGCUGCGUCCGAGGUGGAGGAGCACUUUCAAAGGGCAUUGGCGCACGACAAGCCGAAGGAAAAUAUCUCUCCCAUGUUCAUGAGGAACUUCCCCCCUUCCUUCUGGAAGAGCCAGCAUCCUGGUGAAGUCUACGAGUGUCCAACGGAUCCAUGGCAUCCGCAUUAUCCACAGUAUCACCACAGGGCUGUGCACGAGUAUCACCAUCAUAAUAUGGCGACCGUGACGAGUUACGGCGGUUUGCUGUUGGGUGGUGCGCGAGGACUCGGCCACCAUGCGGCGCACCACGCGCACUCCGCGGCCUCCUACAAGGACUGGCCGUCGGCCACGCCGUCGCAGUCGUUCGUCGACGCUUCCUCCGCACCCUCUUACCCGCACGGCUAUUACGCACCCCUCUCUGGUGAACUCACGGAUCUCAUUCACGCGCCCUCCUUCCAGUCGAUACUUGCACAACCGCCAAAACCACGUCUUCCGGAAGACAUUCGACGAAGAAUGGUAGACACUCGAGAUUCUCUCUCGCGAGCGCAAUGGAAGAAACUCUCUCCAUCAAGCAGAAGUGAAACGUACGAAAUGCUACUUCUUCAUUUGCAC